AGCAGGAGGAUGAGGAUGAUGAAGAUGUUGGCACUGCUGGGUGUCGUCUGGAUUCACUUGAUUGCCAGCGCCGCCUCUCAUUACAGCUGCAACGCUCCUCUGGUGUCCACGCUGCCUCGGUCGUCUUUCAGUAGCUCGUCGCAGUCGUCCUCCGGCAAUGCCUCACACUUUGCCAAAAUGGACACGAGAGACGGAGAUGCAAGUUGGUCUCCUGCAGAGAUGGACCCCACGCCCUGGUUGCAGCUGGACCUCAGGGAGCCAAUGGAGACAAACGCGGACGCUCAGGCAUCUGUCCUCGUCAAACUGUCGCCUCCCCCAAGGUGUCGCUUCCUACGCUUCGUCCCUCUGGAAUGGACCUCCAGAGACGGGCCGGGCAUGCAUGUGGAUGUGUUUGGCUGCUCCUACAAGUCGCACAUGGCUGACUUUGACGGCCAGAGUGCUCUACUGUACCGCUUCAAGCAGAAAUCUGUGUCCACGGCUAAGGACAUCAUCUCGCUGAGGUUCAAGAGCCGGCGGGCUGACGGCGUGCUACUGCAUGGUGAAGGUCGUCGUGGCCACUUCAUCACGCUGGAGCUGCGUGCAGCCAGACUGGUCCUUCACCUCAACCUGGACAACACAAGUGAGGGCCAGGGCGGGGGCGAGGUGGCGGUGACAGUGGGAAGUCUUCUGGACGACGAGCGGUGGCACUGGGUGGCGAUCGAGCGCCUCAACAAGCAGGUAAAGGUCAGCGUGGAUCGCCACACUCAGAGCUUCGAAACCCGAGGCCAGGGGGAGUCGCUGGAGGUGGACUACGAGCUGAGCUUCGGCGGUAUUCCCCUGCCUGGCAAGCCCGGAACUUUCCUAAGAAGCAACUUUGAGGGCUGCAUGGAGAACGUCUACUACAAUGGCAUCAACGUUAUCGACCUGGCUAAAAGACGCAAGCCUCAGAUGUACACUGUGGGCAACGUCACCUUCUCAUGCUUGCGGCCUGAUCGAACGGCAUGCACUUUCGUCAGCUCCAAAAACAGCUUUCUGUGGCUGCCGGCGGCCCUCCAGACCACCAUUGAUGGAGGGGGCUUCUCCAUUCGCUUCCAGUUUAGAACGUGGAACCCCAACGCGCUGCUGCUUGCCACUGGGCUUGGACUGAGGCAUUGGAAGCUGCGACUGCACAUCUCUAACGGUCAGCUGCUCCUGAGCAAUGCCGCCACAGGUCCCCGGGUGAAUGACGGACUGUGGCAUUGGCUGAGCAUGGACUACAACGGUCUGCGGGUGGUUCUGACACUGGACCACCAGCCCAUCGUCACCGUACGACAGCCCUACCCACUGGAGCCCAAUGAAGGGUUCUUCUUUGGGGGAUGUGGGGCAUCCGGCUGCCAGAGGCGGAGCUUGUCGUUCCAGGGCUGCAUAAGGCAGCUGUCCAUUGACCGGCGCCCUGUCAACCUGAGCCUUGUGCGGCGAGGCUUGCUAGGAAGCUUCUCAUCUCUGAACUUUGACGCCUGCCACAUCCGAGACCGGUGUCUUCCUAACAUGUGCGAACAUGGCACCUCGUGUACACAGACAUGGAACCAUUUCAACUGCGACUGUUCUGGAAGCGGAUACGCUGGAGCUACAUGUCGCCAUUCCAUCUUUGAGUCGUCCUGCGAGUCGUACAAACUCAGAGGUGGCUCAUCCGGCUUCUACUCCAUCGACCCAGAUGGCAGCGGCCCCCUGGGGCCCACACGGGUGUACUGCAACAUGACAGACGACAAAGUGUGGACGUUGAUGAGUCACAACGUCACACUUCCUGUCCGAAUCAGUGACUCGUCUAAACACAAGCCUCAUAUCAUGAAGUUUAACUACAGCGCCUCACCUCAACAACUACGUGCCAUCGUGAUGGCGUCUGAGCAGUGCCAACAGGAAGUGGUCUUCUCUUGUAAAAAGUCCCACCUCUUCAUCGCCGAAGAUAGACGGCCGCUGUGCUGGUGGCUGGAUCAGCGCGGGGAAAGGCGGAGCUACAGGGGCAGCUCCAACAACGUGUGGUCCAAGGACUCGGAGGUCCUGUCUCACAAAGAGCACCUCCCGUUGAGCGUCGUCAUUGUCAAGGAGUCUGAAGCCGUCUACAGAGUGGGCCCUCUGCGUUGCCAUGGAGACAGGCAUCUUUGGAACAUGGUGUCCUUCUACCAGGAAGGGGCCUACCUCCACUUCUCGCCCCUGCAGGCCACACAGACCUUUGACCUCACUUUCUACUUCAAAACCGCCGCUCCAUCUGGAGUCAUCCUUGAUUCUCAGGGCCGGAAAGACUUGAUCCGUGUGGAACUCAGCUCUCCUUCUGUAGUGACGAUGUCGUUCAGCGCAGCGGUUGUGGCCGUCAAGUCCCACCUCCCGCUGAAUGAUGGGCAGUGGCACUACGUGAGGGCGGAGCGUAAUGUAAAGGAGGCAUGGCUGCAGGUGGACCAAAUUCCUGUGGGAUUCCUGGAAGCGCCACCUGAUGGAGCUGCACAUCUAGACCUUGGCGGGCAGCUCUUCGUAGGGGGAGCGCCGUCUGGCCCACAAAGCUUCUUAGGCUGCAUCAGAUCUCUGACAGUCAACGGCUUAACCUAUGACCUGCAAGAGAGGGCCAAGAAGGCAUUCGGAGUGAGCCCCACAUGUCCCGGUUACUGCGAUGCCUCGAGCAUUGUCUGCCACAACCACGGACGUUGCGUUGAAAAGAGCGAUGGCUUCUCCUGCGACUGCUCGCGCUCAGCGUACGCUGGGUUGCUGUGCAAAGAUGAGGUGGCCCUGUUCUUUGACAAGGAGAUGUCGGUAACCUACACCUUCUCUCCGAGGCACCAUCGAAAGUCGCCAGUGUUCCACGGUGGUGGGGGCAGAGUCAGAGAGGACGUGACCUUCAGUUUCGUCACCUUGCGGAGACCUGCCAUGUUAUUGAGCAUCAAAAGUUUCAUGACACACUACAUCGCUGUCCUGCUUGCUGGCGAUGGAAGUCUACGCGUGUGGUACGGCCUGCAGAGCGACGGGAAGCCCGAGGUCUUUAGCCCUGCAUCCAGCAGCCUGGCGGAUGGGCGACCUCAUCGUGUCAGAAUCCUUCGCGAGAGCAACACGCUCUGCGUGCAGGUGGACCAGGAAGUGAACAGGAAGUUCACUUUGGGAUCGGAAGCUGAGCCGAUCCUCAUCACAACCAUGACUCUCGGAAAGGUCACACUAAACGAGUCCCUCCCCCUGGAGGUGGUCUCGGCGGGCCAGGCGGGUUUCAUAGGCUGUCUGUCAUCAGUCCAUGUUAAUCAUGUAGCCCCCCUGAAGGCGGCGCUGUUGCAGAGAGGCAUCUCUCCGGUUGACGUCCCCGGUGCACUGGUGUGGUCCAGAUGCUCCAUUGCGUCGCACAAUCUGAAAGAGCAGACCACCACCACCACCACCACGGCAAGUAAAGAUGGCAGUCAGAAGGAGACGGGGCUUGUCACAGGGUGUGUGGUGGCACUCAUCUUCACCGCCGCCUGCCUGCUCACUGCAAUGAUCUGCCUUCUCUACCGCUGCCGUCCCCAAAGCUAACAGGGGGCAGAUCUUAGGGCGAAGCUUCACAUGCACAACACUGGCAAAGUGAAAGAGUACUACAUGGAAAGACCGCCACAUCACUAAGAGCUAUUUGUUUGGACAAAUAUAAUGACAAUAACAAAUAUACUUUAUAAGGGUUUAAUUUAGCAACUUCCAUUGUUUUGAUAAUAAUCAAAAUCACUUAAGUUCUUAAAUGAAUAGCUUUAGCAUUGUGCCAAAAAAUGUAACUCUUAUGAGCUAUUUUUGUUGUCAUUGUUAUAUUUGUCCAAACAAAGGUACAUUUAGUUGUAUCAGGCAUUAAAAUGAACAAGAAACUGAAGAAACAAGUGUGGUCUAAUCAUUUUUUCUAUUACUGUAUGUUAACCAGAGAAUCAGUAAAUACCGUAACUAUGAUGUCAACUGGUCCUUUUAUGGCAGAUCUGAAAUGCAGUGGAAAUGUUUUUUUGGGAUUAUUGGGAUUUUCAUGACAAAGAGGGACUUGCCAUUCAUUUUAUCACGCUUCAUAACAUUCUGGAGUAUGUGAAAUUGCAAUAAUAAAAUAUGAGGCAACAGAUUGUGAAAAUUAGUAUUUGUUUAAUUCUCAAAACUUUUGGCCAUGACUGUCCAUAGUUUGUGAACUUUUUGUUUUAUCCUUAACACUGAUAACAUCAUGAAAAAUA